AUGAUCUCUCAAGAUGAAGUCCUGUGGAUUGUCUUCCUGAUCCAGUUUAUAACUGGUAUUCUUGGAAACAGUUUCCUUUUUUGCAUGUAUACCUUUAAUUAUAUCACUGGCUACAGGAAAAGAUCCAUAGACCCAAUACUCAUCCAUUUGGGCUUUACAAAUGUCAUGUUGCUUCUGUUCAGGGGAAUCCCAGAAAUGAUAAGGGUUUGGAGACAGGAAUAUUUUCUGAAUGAAAUUGAGUGUAAAGUCAUAAUUUACCUGCAAACAGUAUGCAGGGGUCUUUCUCUCUCUAGCACUAGCCUCCUGAGUGCAUUCCAGGCCAUUACCAUCAUUCCCAGCAGCCUUUUUUGGACUCAGAUAAAAGUCAAAGCCCCAAAGUAUGUCUUACCCUGCUGUCUUCUUUCUUGGAUCUUCAAUCUUAUGAUAGAUGUGUUUGUGCCCCUCAAUGUGACAGGUCCAAGAAAUAGCACAAUUAAAGGGAGAAUGAGCUUGGGCUUCUGCUCCCUGGAUGUAAAUGCCAUGCGUCCUUUAAAACCCAUAAUCUGGAAGUCUCUCUAUGAUUUUAUAUUUGUGGGCAUAAUGGGCUGUAGUAGCAUCUACAUGGUAUUUAUCCUAUAUAGUCACCACCAGCGAGUCAAGCACAUUCACCAUACCAUUCUCACCUCCAAUUUUUCUCCUGAGAUCAAAGCCACAAAAUCCAUUUUGUUGCUAGUGAGCACUUUUGUCUGCUUUAGCACAGUCAGUGGCCCCUUUUUUAUAUAUAUGCAAAGUACUCAAGGCAGCAUUUCCUGGGCAUAUUAUGUCUCUGCCUUUCUAUCCAUGUCCUUUCAAUCAGUCAGCCCCUUUGUGUUGCUUAGCAAUGAUACUCAGAUGCCCAGAUCCUGUUUCUUCUCUAAGGCAUGA